CAAUACACAGUUGUCAUUUAAAAAAGAAAUAUUUUUAUACCGACAAUAUUUAUUCUUAUUCUUGUGAUUUUUAAAUUGUUAUUAAUUACGAUGUCGGGCCAAGUUCAACCAUUUCCAGUGGAGAAGGAAUACGAGAAGAAUCCUGACAUUUCUCGAGAAGACAUCAAGAAGUUGCGAGAAUGGCUGAAGACGCAGCCACAUUUACCAGAAGAAUACAUAACAGAUUUGGAUCUUGUACUGAUUUUCUUCUGUUGCGAGAAAAGUGCUGAGGUAUCUAAGCAAGUUCUCGAUCUCCACUUCACGCUCCGUACUCUCCUCACCGUUUGGUUCAAGGACCGAGAAGUGGAUAAGAAAAUCAUCAAUGCUAUGAAUACUAUCCUGGUAACACCUCUCCCAACGCCUACAGUCAACGGUUACAAAGUUAUUUACAGUCGCCUGAUAGACGCGGACCCUAAGCGUUAUAUGUUUGGUGACAUCAUCCGCGCGUUCAUGAUGAUCUUCGAUCUUUUGCAGUACGAAGAAGGAACAUGGCCGGGUUUCGUUUUGUUAAUAGACAUGGAUCUUAGCAGCGUGGGACACUUAGCCAGGAUAGAUUUAUCGUUAUUGAAACAAGUUCUGUUCUUCCAUCAGGAAUGUAUGUUAGUUAAGUUGAAAGAAUUGCAUUUCUUAAACGCACCGUACUUCAUGGAUAAGGUGAUGACGAUGCUAAAGCCGUUCAUGAAGAACAGUUUAAUGAACAUCAUCAAAGUACACGAAAGAGGUUCCGACUCCCUCUACCAAUAUGUGCCGAAAGAUUCUUUCCCGAAAGAGUCAGGAGGAAAGUAUAAAGACAACAUAACUUUAAGAGAUGAGAUCAUACGCCGUUUAGAAAAUAACAAGCAAUAUUUCAUGGAAGAAAAUCGGAGGCGCGUGAACGAAUCAUUGCGUCCAAGCGGCAAGAAAACUAUUGAAGAUUUAUUCGGCAUACAGGGCAGCUUUAAAAAAUUAGAUAUAGACUGAACAUU